AUGGCUGAACAACUCGACAUGGGUCGUCUCAACCUCAACGACUCCCAGCACGCUCCUCAGCAAAACGGCUUCGGCCACCAGGAGCGCUCUGCCUACAUCCCUCCUCACCUCCGCGGUCGUCCUGGCGGCGGUCCCCCUCCUAUGGACGGCCCUCCUCCCAUGAACGGCGGCCCCGGUCCUGGCCCUGGCGGCAACGCCUGGGCUCCUGGCCCUCAGCAGGGCGGUCGCGGCUACGGUGGCCCCCCUCCUAUGAACGGCGGCGGCGCCGCAGGCGGCGGCGGCGGUAACUGGGCAAGCGCCCCCAACUUCACUCCCCGACAAGGUAGAGAUGCCCCCAACGACGCCAGCUGGGGUGCCAACCAACCCAGCAAGUUCGACCCAAAUGCUUACGGCAAACCAGGUGGAGGCGGCGGUGGUGCUCCCCGCGGCUCUGGUGACGGACAGUGGAAGGAUGGCAAGCACAUUCCUGGCCCCUCCAACCCCCGUGUCGAGCGUGAGCUCUACGGUGUACCCAACGACCCCUCGAAGCAGCAGACCGGCAUCAACUUCGAGAAGUACGACGACAUCCCCGUCGAGGCCUCUGGCCAGGGUGUCCCCGAGCCUGUCACUCGAUUCACGAACCCCCCUCUCGACGAGCACCUGUUGAGCAACAUCGAGCUCUCCGGCUACAAGGUCCCCACCCCUGUCCAGAAGUACUCCAUUCCCAUCGUCAUGGGUGGUCGUGACUUGAUGGCUUGUGCCCAGACUGGUUCUGGUAAGACGGGUGGUUUCCUGUUCCCCAUUCUCGCCCAGGCCUUCAAGACUGGCCCCGUCGCAGCCCCUGCUGCGCAGAAUGGCGGUUACGGCUACGGUCGCCAGCGCAAGGCCUACCCCACCUCGUUAAUUCUGGCUCCCACCCGUGAGCUGGUGUCCCAGAUCUUCGAAGAGGCCCGCAAGUUUGCCUACCGCUCUUGGGUUCGUCCUUGCGUUGUCUACGGCGGUGCCGACAUCGGCUCCCAGCUUCGCCAGAUCGAGCGUGGUUGCGAUUUGCUCGUUGCCACCCCUGGUCGUCUCGUCGAUUUGAUCGAGCGCGGCCGCAUCUCUCUUCAGAACAUCAAGUACCUUGUUCUCGACGAGGCUGAUCGCAUGCUGGACAUGGGUUUCGAGCCUCAGAUUCGCCGCAUUGUCGAGGGCGAGGACAUGCCUCCCACAGCUGGCCGCCAGACUCUCAUGUUUUCGGCUACCUUCCCCCGCGACAUCCAGAUGCUUGCCCGCGAUUUCCUGAAGGACUACAUUUUCCUUUCGGUUGGUCGUGUCGGUUCAACAUCUGAGAACAUCACCCAGAAGAUUGAGUACGUCGAAGACGCCGACAAGCGCUCUGUCUUGCUGGACAUCCUCCACACCCACGGUGCUGGUCUGUCCCUGAUCUUCGUUGAGACCAAGCGCAUGGCCGACUCGCUCUCCGACUUCCUGAUCAACCAGGGUUUCCCUGCCACAUCCAUUCACGGCGACCGCACUCAGCGCGAGCGUGAGAAGGCUCUGGAGAUGUUCCGAUCUGGACGUUGCCCCAUCCUCGUUGCUACUGCUGUAGCCGCCCGUGGUCUUGACAUCACAAACGUCACUCACGUGGUCAACUACGAUCUCCCUACUGACAUUGACGACUACGUCCAUCGCAUUGGUCGUACUGGUCGUGCCGGAAACACGGGUAUCGCCACCGCUUUCUUCAACCGCGGCAACCGUGGUGUUGUCCGUGAUCUCAUCGACCUGCUCAAGGAGGCCAACCAGGAGGUCCCCCAGUUCCUCGAGUCCAUCGCCCGUGAGGGCUCCGGCUUCGGUGGUGGCGGCGGCCGUGGUGGUCGUGGUGGCGGUCGUGGCCGUGGCAACGCUGCUACCCGUGACGUUCGUCGCAUGGGCGGUGGUGCUGGUGGUGGCUUCGGCGGCGGCGCUGGCAACUGGGGAGGUCCUCCUCAGCAGGGUGGCUUCGGUGGCGGCUACGGCGGUGCUCCUAGCUACGGCGGUCCCCCACCCCCCAUGGGCGGUAGCGGCGGCGGCUUCGGCGGUGGUGGCUACGGCAACCCCUCAGGCCCUGGCGGCAACUCUUGGUGGUAA